AUGAUAUUCGAAUCACUACCCAAUGAAUUAUUGCUGGAAUUCGUCGAGUAUUUCUCACUCGCUGAUCUUCUGCGAAGCUUUUAUCGAUUGAACAAUCGUUUCACUGAUCUUAUUCAUAUCUACGUUCGCACGCAUACAAUAAACUUUCAAUCAAUAUCAAAAUCAGACUUUGAUUUCAUCUCUCAACGAUAUCUUUCAUCAAUAGCAGAUCACGUUCAUUCUCUUCGUUUCUCGGAUGAUGACGAUACACCGCAAGAAGUUCAUCUGUUUUUCUCACAUGGAUUAUCAUUGCAUCAGUUUUCCUAUUUGAAAUUUUUAUCGAUUCAUCGAUUCAAUUCAUUUGAUUAUCUAAAAACUAUCUUAGAACAACUAGUCAAACUUCCCGAAUUGAACCAUCUGAAAAUAACCCGAUAUGAUGUCACAUACAACGCAAAGUACGAUAUCGACAUGAUCAAAACUAUUGAACAUCUCCCCAAAGUGACGUCUUGCUAUCUCGACGUGUUCUACGAUAAUGAAAAUUCUUACGAAGUCUUGUCGAUAAUUUCUUCGUCGCUGAGCUGUUUAUCUUUUCCAAAGUUAAACUGUGAUAUAAACCAAUUGAUCCAUUUGAUCAAGCAGCUUCCAAACCUUUCUUCUCUAACCAUAUCGAUCGUUGAUCAACCAACUGAUUUACAAAUUUCGUCCAUCGAAUUCGAAUCGAUGAGAAAAUUAAAUCUAAUUUUCUAUGGAUAUGCUGACAAUCUCAUGAAGUUCUUACCAGCAAUGCCUAAUUUAGAAGAAUUCAAAGUUGAUUUUCAUCCAUUUUUCAUCGAUGGAUGUCAAUGGGAGAAACUCAUUGAAAACCGUCUUAAAAAGCUGGUUCGAUUCCAAUUCAAAACAGCAUUUAUGGUUUCUCGUGAAAAGAGCAAACACGAGGAAAUCGAUCGAGCCUUAAAUUCAUUCCGAAGCGAAUUCUGGAUUGACAAAUAUCAAUGGUUCGUCCAAUGCCAUUGGAUUCCGAAUGACUUUUCAAGAACUAUGCUCAUUUACACAUUACCAUAUGCAUUUGAGAGUUUUUUCUUUUCAGGGAAUGUUCGAAUGAAAUCUACAGCUCCACCCGAAUAUGUUCAUCAUAGAACCUUUCAUUCUAUCGAAAAUCUGUACUAUGGACGCAAUUUAUAUGAAAAUCUACCUCUACCGGACUUUCGCUUAGAAAAUAUUCGCCAUCUGGACAUUACCAUACCGUAUGAUCAGUCGUUUGAUUCCUUAGUAUCAUCAUUAGAUCGAUUAGAUUCGUUGAAAGUUGAUCCAUAUGAUUGUAUGAAUAUGGAUAAGGUACACGCAAAUUUACACAUCUUGUGCCAACGAUCAUCUCAACUUCGCUCAUUGAAAUUAUCAACAUGGUUUAAUCAACACGAUUUCCUUUUCAAAAUUGUUCAUCCAAAGAUUCGACAACUCUAUUUACUAGGUUCGAAUAUCGUUUACAAUGCAGACAAAUGCGACAAACUAGCGUCUUCUUCGAUUGGUCAGCAAUGCGAAGUUCUUUGUAUAAGAGUCGAACAUCGCACUGAUAUUGUUAAACUUGUUAACAACAUGAGUAAACUUCGUGCGUUAGUCGUGAAAUGUAUUGACACAAGUUCAUUAGAAAACGGCGACGGAAAUUUGGUUGAAUGGUUACGAGAACACUUACCAGACGUAUGCUCAAUUUCUCGCACCAGUGAAGCACAUAAGGACAUUCGAUUAUGGAUACGUUAA